AUCCGAUCCCCCAGCCCUCUAAUUCACAGAAGCAUUUAACAUGAAGAUCCAUGACCCAGUUUCAACCCUACCAUCAGAGAUCAGCCGCGAUAUUUUGUUAAGAUUGGAUCGAAAGCAUCUGUUCAUCGCCCAAUGUGUGAGUAAAGAGUGGUAUUCUUUCGUAGAGUCCAUCAAGCUUACCUUUACCGGGCAACCACGCAUUCACAUCCUCUGGAGCCGUUACAGGACAACAGACGGAGUUGAGAUCCAUGACAACAGGCCCUGAUCUUCUCACUCAACGCAUGUCUGAGUUCAAUUCAAUGAGAAUGCAUAUUUGUCUGUAUUAAAUGACCGUUGGUUGAGGGUACCGUUUUGGGUUCAUGCAAUGGGUUUGUGCUGCUUGGGUUUGGAGAACACAUUGUGUUGUGGAACCCACAUAUAGGCUGGUCUACCAAAGUUCUUGAACUUCGAAACCUCCGACAUUAUGACCAAACUGUGGUCGGAGGGCUGUGUUACGAUCCAUAUAUACACGUCAGAGUACAAAGUUGUCUUAUUGCUUUAUCCGGCCACUGACCAUAAUGGUCAGUUUGUCGUUGUUUCAAGCGUGAAAAAUAAAGGUUGGCAAAAAGUGCCCUUCCCCUAUAACUUUGCCACUUCUCGAGCCGGAGUCAGUUUUAACAAUACACUCCAUUGGAUUGUAAGUGACAUAAAACUAUUUUGGGGAAAGAGCGAUGAUCAAAUAAAAUGGGACUACUGUUCUGGGUGCAAUAAGAUAGUUUAUUUCGAUCCGGUUGAUGACACAUUCAAGAUAUUGCCCUCUCCUACACGGAUCAAUCCAAAAGAAGAAGAUAACAUAGAAGGCACGGGAAUCAUAGAUGGAUGUUUCUGCAUGGCUCGGGGGGACAAAAAGAGCCAGCUGAUCCAUGUAUCAGUUAUGAAAGAGUAUGGAAAACAAGAGUCAUGGGUCACAUACUUUGUCAUCACCUUAUACGAACAUGGAGUACGUGAGCUUUACAACUUCGAGUUUUUCUCUCAUAAUGGGAAGGUAUUAAUGAAGGGUUGCUAUAUCGGGAGAACAUGUGUG